AUGGCAAGUCAAAACUCUAUGACAAGUUGGUCAAUCUAUGAUGUUAAUUCUGCGAAAGAAGAUGUAUUUUCUAUUUCAAAUGAAUUGCCUCCUUUUGAGCUCGGGUUUCCGGAUGAAGGACACAAUAUAUACGAUUUGCAGUCCAUGUCUUUAUACCAACAUCCGAGUGGAUUUGAACCUUUUUCUUUGAUGGAUAUCAUCUCAAAGGAUCCAUUCUAUUCAUCUUUAGACAUUGUACCAAGCUACAAUCAAUGUUUUCUCCCAGAUUCUACGACAUAUACACCGGUAGAUGACUUCUUGAAUGUCUAUGGAAACAACAAUGGUUUCUCUUAUCAGAAUGAAGAUAUGUCAAAGGUGAACACAUGUGGGCUUGCUGUUCAAAACCCACCACUCUUGAUAACUUAUACAGAUGAUGAGAAUAUGGGAAGCAUUAUGAACACUAAUAUGAUGCAAGAUAACCAUGAUGUUAAAGUGGGGGAGAUGGUGACUCUAAGAGGUCCAAGAACAAUGGAAAAAGAACAUGGUGAAAAUGGUAAUGGUGAUUAUAGCUACACUUCGAAAACGAUGUUAAGUCGGGAAACGAUAUCACAAUAUUUCUACAUGCCAAUUACAAAAGCUGCAAAAGAGCUUAAUGUUGGAUUGACUCUUUUGAAGAAGCGAUGUCGGGAAUUAGGCAUUCGUCGUUGGCCUCACCGCAAACUUAUGAGCCUUCAAACCCUCAUCAACAAUGUUCAGCAAUUGGGGGAAGAUGCUGAUGAGACGGCAAAAGAGAAGAUGAGGGAAGCAAUAAUGUUACUGGAGAAAGAGAGGAAAAAGAUGGAAGAGAUCCCAGAUUUGAAACUUGAAAACAAUACAAAGAGACUGAGACAAGCUUGUUUUAAGGCCAACUACAAGAAAAGAAGAACAAUGGGUGUGAUGGCAUCGCCUCAGACAUCCGUAACUGGUCCUCCACAGAAAUCAAUGUCUUCUUGUUCUAGUUCUUGCAGCAUAAAUCCUGCUGGUUAUGGGGCCUUAGAUGGUGAUGAUGAACAAGAAGAAAUGAAGUCAGUGCUGUUUUUAGACUGA